AUGGAUUCACAGGCGAACAAUCUAUACGAAACGGCGUCGCAGCCGGACACAGGCAACGACGCCUACACGUUCCUUGAAUUCAAGGAAGACUUCGAUUACCCAGAAUUCCAAGAGCUCUCGCAGCCCAUUCGAUCCCCCUCUGUGUGGCCGACCCCGUCCGAUUCGGUUGCUGUUUCUGAGACCAACGAUUGCCUGUCAUCAUCUGAUGCAUCGCCCUCGACUAAAGCCCGCAGCGGUGGAGUUGGUACUAGUAGUAAUAAUAAUAACAGUGGCAAUAAUAAUGCCAGUGGCAGUGGUGGUAACAAUAAGGAGGGUGUGGUUGAUGCCUUGGCUGCAGGGAUGAGUGGGCUGAAUUUCGAAGAGACUGGUGAUGAUGAGGGGUUUGAGUAUGGAAAAGGUGAUUUUACUGAGCAUGCUUGUAGGUACUGUGGGGUCACGAACCCUGCCUGUGUGGUGCGGUGCAAUGUCUCGUCCUGCCGGAAAUGGUUCUGUAAUUCGCGUGGGAAUACUUCGGGUUCACACAUAGUCAAUCAUCUGGUGAGAGCAAAGCAUAAGGAAGUAUGUCUUCAUGAAGAUAGUCCCCUGGGAGAAACAAUUCUCGAGUGCUACAACUGUGGAUGUCGAAAUGUUUUCCUUCUUGGUUUCAUAUCUGCAAAGACAGAGAAUGUGGUUGUCCUACUUUGUAGGGAACCCUGCCUUAGCAAUAAUGCAUUAAAGGACAUGAAUUGGGACCUUAGUCAGUGGUGCCCACUUAUUGAUGAUAGGUGCUUCUUGCAGUGGCUAGUAAAGGUCCCAUCUGAACAAGAGCAGUUGAGAGCUCGCCAAAUUAGUGCACAACAGAUAAAUAAAAUAGAAGAGCUUUGGAAGACAAAUCCUGAUGCAACCUUGGAAGAUCUUGAGAAACCAGGUGUGGAUGAUGAACCUCAGCCUGUAGCCUUGAAGUAUGAAGAUGCUUAUCAGUAUCAAAAUGUUUUUGCACCCCUUAUCAAGCUUGAAGCAGACUAUGAUAAGAUGAUGAAAGAGUCUCAGAGCAAAGAUAAUAUCACACUUCGAUGGGACAUUGGUCUUAAUAAAAAGCGUGUUGCAUAUUUUGUUUUUCCUAAGGAAGACAAUGAGUUGCGCCUUGUACCUGGUGAUGAAUUGCGACUGCGUUAUUCAGGGGAUGCAGCUCAUUCUGCAUGGCAGUCUGUGGGUCAUGUGAUAAAAUUGACUGCACAAGAGGAAGUUGCUCUUGAGCUUCGUGCCAGUCAGGGUGUUCCUGUUGAUGUGAACCAUGGUUUUAGUGUUGACUUUGUUUGGAAGAGCACAAGUUUUGAUCGGAUGCAAGGGGCAAUGAAGACUUUUGCUGUGGAUGAAACAAGUGUCAGUGGGUACAUUUACCAUCAUUUGCUAGGCCAUGAAGUUGAGAUGCAGAUGGUCCGCAAUGCAUUACCUCGCCGUUUUGGAGCUCCGGGUCUUCCAGAACUCAAUGCAUCUCAAGUUUUCGCGGUGAAAAAUGUCCUACAAAAGCCUAUAAGUCUUAUCCAAGGCCCUCCUGGAACUGGGAAAACUGUCACUUCUGCUGCAAUUGUGUAUCAUAUGGCGAAACAAGGCCAGGGACAGGUUUUGGUCUGUGCUCCUAGUAACGUGGCUGUUGAUCAGCUAGCUGAAAAGAUAAGUGCAACUGGUUUGAAGGUUGUCAGACUCUGUGCAAAGUCGAGGGAAGCUGUUAGUUCUCCUGUUGAGCAUUUAACCCUCCACUAUCAGGUUCGACAUCUUGACACGUCCGAAAAAAGUGAACUUCAUAAGUUACAACAAUUGAAAGAUGAACAAGGAGAGCUAUCCAGCAGUGAUGAGAAAAAGUACAAAGCUCUUAAGCGAGCAACAGAGAGGGAGAUAUCUCAGAGUGCGGAUGUCAUUUGUUGCACGUGUGUUGGUGCUGGAGAUCCUCGUUUGGCAAAUUUUAGAUUCCGUCAGGUGCUUAUUGACGAGUCUACUCAGGCAACAGAGCCUGAGUGUCUUAUUCCUUUGGUUCUUGGGGCAAAACAGGCUGUUCUUGUUGGUGAUCACUGCCAGCUUGGUCCUGUUAUCAUGUGCAAGAAAGCAGCAAGGGCUGGUCUAGCUCAGUCGCUGUUUGAACGGCUUGUGUUACUUGGUGUGAAACCAAUUAGAUUACAGGUUCAAUAUCGGAUGCAUCCAGCUCUUUCAGAGUUUCCAUCUAACAGCUUUUAUGAAGGCACUCUUCAAAAUGGAGUGACCAUUAAUGAAAGACAAUCACCUGGCAUCGACUUUCCUUGGCCAGUGCCAAACCGUCCAAUGUUCUUCUAUGUCCAGAUGGGACAAGAGGAGAUAAGUGCAAGUGGAACAUCCUAUUUAAAUAGGACUGAGGCUGCAAAUGUUGAGAAAAUUGUGACUACCUUUUUGAAGAGUGGUGUAGUUCCUAGUCAGAUUGGGGUUAUAACACCAUAUGAAGGUCAGCGAGCAUAUAUUGUGAACUAUAUGUCAAGAAAUGGUGCUCUAAGGCAGCAGCUAUACAAAGAAAUUGAGGUAGCAAGUGUAGACUCGUUCCAAGGAAGGGAGAAGGACUACAUAAUUUUGUCUUGCGUGAGGAGCAAUGAACAUCAGGGCAUUGGAUUUCUCAAUGAUCCACGACGGCUGAAUGUUGCGCUCACCCGUGCUCGUUAUGGUAUUGUUAUCUUGGGAAAUCCUAAAGUUUUGAGUAAGCAGCCUCUAUGGAAUGGCUUAUUGACGCACUACAAGGAACACGAGUGCUUGGUCGAAGGUCCUCUGAAUAAUUUAAAGCAGAGUAUGGUUCAAUUCCAAAAACCCAAAAAGAUCUACAACGAUCGCAGACUUUUCUUUGGCGGUGGACCAGGAAUUGUUCCAAAUGAUAAUUGUGGAUCUGCUGCAUCGUACCCAAAUGCUGAUAGGAGAAGCACGCACUCUAGGGGUUCUUACAUGCCACCUGGCCCACCGAAUGGAGCUCGUAAACCCAAUGUUCACCCGUCUGGUUAUCCAGUGCCGAGGGUACCGGUUCCUCAGUACCAUGGAGGUCCUCCAGCUCAGCCAUAUGCCAUACCCACUCGUGGUGCUGUACAUGGACCUGUUGGAGCAAUUCCUCAGAUUCCACAACCAGGAAGCCGGGGUUUUAGUGCAGGCCGUGGAAAUGCUAGUGCUCCUAUCGGUAGUCAUCUUCCGCACCAACAGGGUGCACAACAACCCAUUGGGAGUCAUGGGUCUAAUUUUAACUUCCCGUCCUUGGAAAAUUCAAAUAGCCAGCCAUCUGUGGGUGGACCAUUGUCUCAGCCAAGAUAUGUUUCUAAUGUGACAGGUCAAGGACCCACCCAAGCAUUUAGGGAUGGAUUCUCUAUUGGGGGCAUGUCUCAGGAUUUCUUGGGUGAUGAUUUUAAAAGCCAGGGAUCAUAUGUUCCAUAUAAUGUUACUGAGUUCUCCACUCAGGCUUCUCAGAGUGGAUAUGGUGUUGAUUAUGUCACACAGGGGCCUCAAGGUGGGUUCUCUGGGAGCUUCUUAAACCAGAAUUCUCAAGCUGGAUACUCUCGUUUUGCUACGGGAAAUGACUUCAUGUCACAGGAGUACAUGGCGCAUGGUUCCCAAGGACUAUUUACACAGGCUGCAUUCAAAGAUCCAUCUCAAGACGAUUCUUCCCAGAACCACUUCGGGGUGCCCAAUGCCAAUCCACUUGAAUCUCAGAGUUUGCUAAAUCCACUUUACUCCCAGCCUUUCACCCACUACAACAGUCAGCCCCUAAACAUGCAAAAUUCUCAGCAACAAUCGCAGCAGAGUCGAGGCUCUCAAAAUCAGAACCUUCACUACAAUGGCUGA